UGUUCAUGCAUAUUUUUCAUUCGGAUAACAAUGGAAUUGCACUAUAAAAUCUUGCGAUAUGUGAUUGCCGAUGUUCAAUGCAUUUCUGGACACUUGUCUCGUCUGCUUCAAAAUGAGCUCGUCCGUCGUUACAGUCGUCUGCUUGGUACUAGGCACUUUGUGUUUGGUAAGGGCCGAUUUUAGCAUCCAAGUCGAACCUCAACCUGAGCCUGAUGUGGGAACCCCAUUUAUCGACUUUAACAACCUUGCCAAAAAGAAUGAGACUGCCGAUCCUUUUGGUCAGAUCUCUCUGAACUACCAGUCUUUAUGGAAGCGUGCCGCCGAUAUCUACGAAGAACAUGUGGUUCAGCAAUUCCAAAAUGGGAGCACUUCUCGACCAUGUCGCGCAGCCAAGUGUAACGAGUUUUCCAACGAGUAUGACAAAAACUCGAACAUUUUUGAAAUCUAUGCCACCAUCGUCAAGGACAAGCACAACAUUACGAAGCGACAAGCCGUUGGUGGAAACACACCCGGAAUGUGCACCAACCCCUCGACCUCUCACUGUCCAAAUUUCGUCAAUUCACGAUUCCGAACCGUGGAUGGAACCUGUAACAAUGUGAACAAUCCCGCCUGGGGGGCAAGCAACAGGCAGUUUAACCGACUUCUCCAACCUGCAUACGAAGAUGGCUUCGAUGCUCCACGAGGUGGAUUCAACUCCAGACUCCAGAACCCAAGAGUCAUUUCAACCACGGUCCACCCAGACAAUCCGAGCAUUGUCAAUAGACGUAUCACCAACAUGGUGCCACAGUUUGGUCAAUUCCUGGACCAUGACCUCACCCUCACGAUGGAAGCGGGAAGCCAGUGUUGUGCCAAUCCAAAUUCCAACCCUGCCAAUUGCUGGCCGAUUUUUGUAGGAAAUGACGCUUUCUUUUCAAGAUUUACACAGUGUUUGGACUUCACUAGGUCGACGCCUUGCCAAUCUAAUGGACAACGACAACAGAUGAGUGGUAAUACGGCGUUCAUUGAUGCAGGACAAAUUUACGGGUCUAAUCCAACCAGAUCAAACCAACUCCGAACUUUCUCCGGUGGAAUGUUGAGAGCAAACACCAAUCUUCGAGGAUUUUUGCCCACAAGUAACAGCCUCGGGAUCCAAGUUCAAGGUGACUUUGUGGCUGGGGAUGACAGAAUUAAUGAAAUGCCUGCGUUGGCAGUCAUGCACAAUGUUUGGCUUAUGGAGCACAACAGAAUUGCAACGCAGUUCCAACGAAUUAGCACAUGGAAUGAUGAAAGGAUUUAUCAGGAAACAAGGAGGAUCGUCAUUGCUGAAUUUCAACAAGUCGUCUACAGUGAGUACCUCCCCAUCGUUCUUGGGGCUGCCACCAAUGAGUACAACUUGGGAGUAAGCACUUGGUCCACGUACGGAGCAAAUAUCGACCCCACCAUCAUCAAUGAGUUCGCCACGGCUGCGUACCGUUACGGACACUCUAUGGUCAUCGGACUUGUUCAAAUGCUCAACUCACAAGAUCAGCUUGUCGACUCUUACCAAGUGGCCAACGAGUACUUUCAGUCUCGACAGAUCACCCGAGACAAUGGUCAAGGAUACGACAUGAUUUUGAGAGGACUGAUGAGACAAAACUCCCCGGAAAUGGACCGAUUCGUCACGACUGGAGUGACACAAUUUUUGUUCAAGCCCCAAAACCAAAACUUUGGGUCUGACUUGGUUGCACGAAACAUUCAGCGUGGUCGAGAUCACGGAGUCCGCUCUUACAAUGAUUAUCGUAUGGGAUGUGGAGGGUCAGACUUGUCCACUGCGACGUGGAGCGUCGUCCCUGCUGGAAUCAACCCCGAUGGAUGGACACAAUGUUCUCGCGUCUACCAGCGUCCAAUCGACAUUGAUCUUUUCGUUGGAGGUCUUAUUGAGACUCCGUACAACGGAGCGUUGACUGGUCAAACUUUCACCUGUUUGAUGGGCACUCAAUUCACACGAACGAAGCACGGAGACAGAUAUUUCUUCACCCACAACUUGCCCACUGGUUUUACUGGGGCCCAGUUGACCGAAUUGACCAGAAGACGACUUAGUGACAUUAUUUGCGAGAACAGUCAACAACCCAAUUCUCCAGCCAACGUUUUCCUCGUUGAGGGUACUGGAAACCCUGUAAUUGCCUGUGGAGCUGGAAGUGGACGACCAGUACUGAACUUGAACUUGUACCUUUAAAUGAAAGAAAAACAUCUAUAUGACUAUUUGGCAGAACAUGCACGAGUGAUUGACUAGAUUUUAGAAUGUUCUUCUACUGGAGACUGUAAAAAUUUUGAGUGUCAUUAUUGGCAUUAUUAUUGGGAUUGUUAUUGGUUAUGAAUGGAUGGAAGGAUGCUGUGAUGACGAAGUAAUAAAAUUUCAUUUAGAAUAAUUC